AAUGCUUGACAAUUCAGUUUAGCACGGUCCCCAAAAUUUCCCUCCAACUCAAAGUGAAACCCUUGCAUAAGAUGAGAAAUUUGUGUUCCCAUUUCCAAAACCCUUAAACCCAUCUUCUUCCUACCCGCCAUUUGUAGGAUGAAGUCCAUCCUCAACCCAAGGUUUUCAGUUUUAACUCCCAAAUUUGAUCUGUUUUCGGUCCCUUCUCAAUCCUCAACUUCAUUCUCUUUCCUCAACAAUCCACUUCGAAUCCCCAAUCAUCUGCGCCUCAACCCAACGUCCUUUUUGUUCAAUAAUUUAAUUUGCACAGCUCAAAAUCAAAGCUUGCAAACGGAUCCCUCUCCACCUCCUUCCGGCGAGAUUCAUGUCAUAGUGGGUCCCAUGUUCGCCGGCAAAACCACCUCACUCCUUCGUCGGAUUCAAUCGGAAACCGCCAACGGCAGGUCAACUCCUCUCCUGUUUUUAUCUUCAAUUUCAUUGUUAAAAAAACAACCAUUUUACCUAAAAUGGAUUUUUGUUUAUUUAUUUAGUGUUUAUCUUAAUUUCUCUGCUUGAAUAAUUGAUUGUUGAGUGUAGUUUGUCGUGGUUAUAUGCAUUUACUGUUAUAGGUGCAUCAUGCUUGCAACUAGUUAUGAAAAAGCAUUGAUGUCUGAAGUCAUUAUCCGUUUUGUACUUUGAUUCUGAAUGGGAAAGGCUUUUGCUUUGGAAUGCCAUGGUUGCAAUCAUCACUAGUCAGGUAUUCUCAGCUUUCAGGUCAAGCCUUGCAAAGAAGACCCCAACUUGGAUAAGGUCUUGAGAGGUCUGUGUAUAUCUGGAAGGUUGGUGGAGGCAAUUGGGCUCUUGUGCCGAACAAGAUUGCCGGUGCACCCAAGAACAUAUUCUCUGAUGCUGCAGGAAUGCAUAUUCUGGAAAAAGUAUAAGAGGGGCAAAAGAAUCCACGCACACAUGAUUGUUGUUGGAUAUGUUCCCAAUGAAUAUUUGAAAACCAAAUUGUUAAUAUUAUAUGCAAAGUUGGGAUGUCUAGAAACUGUUCACUUCCUGUUCAACAGCUUGAUGGAGAAGGGAUUGAUUUCGUGGAAUGCAAUCAUAGCUGGUUAUGUUCAAAAUGGCCUUGAAGAAGUUGGAUUGGACUUUUAUUAUGGGAUGAGACAGGCUGGUUUGAGACCGGAUCCGUAUACCUUUGCAUCAGUGUUCAGAGCCUGCGCAACUUUGGCAGCAUUAGAACCUGGGAAACAAGCCCAUGGUUUAAUGAUCAAGUGUCAGAUUAGGGAUAAUGUUGUAGUCAGCAGUGCCCUAAUAGACAUGUAUUUUAAAUGCAGUUGUAUUUGUGAUGGGCAGUUGUUGUUUGAUAAAUGUUUGAGUAGAAAUACCAUUACUUGGACUACUCUAAUAUCUGGAUAUGGUCAACAUGGAAGAGUAAUGGAGGUUUUAGAGUCUUUUUAUAGAAUGGUAUCUGAAGGUUUUAGACCAAACUAUGUUACUUUUCUUGCAGUUUUGGUUGCUUGUAGCCAUGGGGGUUUGAUUGAUGAAGGGCAUAAAUAUUUUCAGUUAAUGAUAAGGGAAUAUGAAAUUAUGCCACAGGCAAAACAUUAUGCAGCGAUGGUUGACCUUUUAGGACGUGCUGGGAAGUUAGAAGAGGCUUAUGAAUUUGUUCUGAAUUCACCCUAUAAGGAGAACUCAUUGAUAUGGAGUGCUUUGCUUGGGGUUUGUAAGAUUCAUGGUGACUUAGACCUGUUAAAAAUUGCAUCUAAGAAGUACUUUGAGUGUGAAAGUAUUAAUAUUAAUGCUGAAAAGUAUGUUGUCUUGGCAAAUGCUUAUGCUUCUUCUGGGCUGUGGGUCAAUGGUGAGGAGAUUAGGGCUACAUUGACGGAAUCAGGGAUGGCUAAGAAGCCAGGUUAUAGCAGGAUUGAGGUGCAAAAUGAGGUUGAUGCAGUUUAUCCGGGAAUUCGAGAGAUUACCUCAAAUGAUGAACACAGCUUAAGCAGUGAAAACAUGGGAUACAAACGUUCUGCUGCUUAAAAUUUGAUAUAUGCAAUUUGCAUUGUUCUGGAUGAACUAGACAUGCUGCUUUAGGAAUUUAAACAAUGUUCUGAUUUGUAAGGAAAGCUGCUGAAUUACACGUAGAUUUGAAGAGGAACAUAUAGGGCUUUGAGUUGUACUAGCAUGUACCUUGUUCAGUGACAUAGGAAUAAUGCGUCUCCAAUAGUAGCAUUUGGCAAGAUGAUGGGUGAUAGCCAAAUUGUUAUUUUUUUCCUCCUAGGAAUCGGUAUACAGAAUUUAUGAAGAGACUGAGUAUACAUCACAGUUAGUAUGAUGCAGUUCUUUAUGCUCAUUGUUUUCCUUGAUAUUUAUUGGAUCACAAUCAUUUUAUACUCUCUUAGAAACAUACAUGGCUGAGAUGUUAUAUUUUUAGUUUAGAAACAUGUUUGAAGUGAUUUCCUGGGAUUCCUGCAUGUUUUUAAUUAUCACCAAUGGUGAAAAUUCCCAGAUUAAAUCCUUUAUCCUCUUGGACGAUCAUUAAUAACGUUUAUUCUGAAAAAAAUUUGUAUCAAGUUUAACAUGAUAAGUUUCUGACUAGGUAUAUUCCAUUUAAUAACAAAUUCAAUUUCAUAGAUUCACAUUCAUGCUUCUAUGCUAUCUCCCCUGCUUGAAACAGAAAAAUAAAAUUAAACGUGUAUACAAAUGACUAUAAAUGUAUGAGACAAUUUAUAAUUCAUGAGCAUUGUAAUGAAGUUUGCAAGUUCACAUGAAGGGCAGUUUAUAUCAUAUGCUGUCUAGCCAAAAUUCCAUUUGUUUUCUUAAAUUUUCCAAUCUGACACAAAGUUCAGAUUUUGACUUAAACCCCCACAAUUUUUUAAGCUGGAAAUUUUAGAAUUAUAUUGCCAUGGUUGCUUUUGCUGCUUCCCCCUCUGUUAAACUUGGGAGUAAGUGCACUGAAUCAUGUAUUUGUUAAUCUGGUUGUACAGAACAUAGACAAUGGAGUUUCCCCCUAACAAAGAGUUUCUCCUCCUACAUUCAGAAAACAAUGGAACUUCCCAAUGAAUAAUCACACCCAAGCCCCAUACCUAUGAAGCAUCAUGUACCAACCAUUAAACCGUGCUGUAACUGCCUAAAUAACUGUGUAAAGAUAGAAAUAAUACACAAAAGUAAUAGUUCAGAUCCUUAGCUACCUAAAUAACUGUUUAGAGAGUAAAGACACAUACUACACAAACACUAAUUAUUCAGGCCUACUGAGUCUCAGUUUGCUUCAUAUCCUUCUCACAUAAACUUUUCUAGUCUAUUAUCUCUAUCACCCUCCCUAAAAGAAAAGUUCUAAUACAUUGGAGAGGCUCUGAGCAUACAGUGCUUCCAGUGGUUUUUAAGCCCUAUGCUCAAUAUAAAGCCUAUCCACAUUGAAUUCUGUUUUCCAAUUGAGUCAAACCUAAUGGUUGGAAACAAGUGGAUUCAUCUUUUAAGAGAGCAAGGAAAGGUAAUUCUGGAUGUUAAUGCUGAUAGAAUGGUUUCAACCAUGGUAGUCAAAAUUGAGAUUUUACGUAGGAUCGGAGAGGGGGUUCAGGAUCGUAACUCGUAGGAUCGUAACAUGGAACGUAAAAUCCCACAAAAUUAUAUAUAUACAUAUAA